AUGGGAAUCCGUUAUAAAUUGGCAGUUGGUCUGGACAAGGGUCACAAGGUUGACAGACUCGAGGGUGGAAGAAAGCAGAGACCUACUCGCAGAAAGGGGGCUGCAACCAAGCAUGCCAAAUUUGUAAGAGAUCUUGUCCGUGAGAUUGCUGGCUUCUCUCCCUAUGAGAAAAGAUGCCAAGAGUUAUUGAAAAUCCAGAAGGAUAAGCGUGCUCUAAAGUUCUGCAAAAAGAGGUUGGGCACCCACAUCCGAGGCAAAAAGAAGAGGGAAGAAAUGCAAGUGCUGUUGCAGAAGAUAAGGAAGGCACAGCAGGCCAGGGAGCACCAGCAACACCAACAGCAGCAGCAACAGAAAUAG